AUGAAGAAAACACCGGCCGGUGAAGUCGUCAUCGUCCCUCGCAACUUCAAGCUGCUGGAGGAGCUGGAAAGAUCGGAGAAGGGCCACGGUGACAUGGCCAUUUCCUUUGGUUUGGUCGAUACUUCCGACACGUUCCUGUCGGACUGGAAUGGUGGGAUUCUGGGGCCUCCGGGGGUACGUACACAAUAUGCGGACCGAUUCUAUGAAGUGCGCAUUCACUGUCCCGACAUUUACCCCGCCUCCCCACCGAACAUUCGCUUCGUCAGCAAAAUCAAUAUGAACUGCGUGGAUAGCAAGACGGGUGUCGUGAGCGACAAGAAACUGCCCGCCAUGCGCAAUUGGAAUCGCAACAUGGGCAUUGAGCAGGUCUUGCAGUCGAUUAGGAUGGAGAUGUGUUCCGACGCCAAUCGUAGACUUCGUCAGCCGGCGGACGGGACGACAUUCUAAAAAUUAUCGAAAUCUACCAGAGUCGAGCCCUCUCGCCCCAUUUCCCUUCCUUUCCCACUGAAUGACGGCGUUCUUACAGUUCGACCGUACAAACACUAUAAAACACUAUUGUCAAACCCGAUGUUGCGCUACACGGCGGAUAU